AUGGUGAUGAGGGGGGUGAAGGAUGAACUGAAUACAGAUACAUCAGCCGGCAGAAGGGACAACACCUCACUGCAGGGCACAGCAACUUCCGCCGCAGCUGCAAGAGAAGCAGGAGAAGAUGUGACAAUGAAAGCAGUGCUCCCACGGCUCAUUGAUGCUGUCACCUUCAACCUGGCUUUCUUGACAGCCAUGGAGGCCACUGCCGCACCAUGA